UUUGGUGCAGAAAUGUAUCGCAUCAUGACAAAGUAUUCUGGCUCUCUCUUAUUGCAGAAGAAAUAUAAAGAUGUGGAACCAACUCUGAAGAUCCAAGAAGUGGAUGGAUUGGAUCUGGUGAAAAAGUUCUCUGAAGAGAUGGAAACCAUGCUCCGCAGAAAAGUUGUAGCUGUUGAGCGGUUGGUCGAAGCAGCUGAAGAUGCUGAUCUCUACCAUGAGUUCAAUGCCUCACUGGUGUUUGACUAUUACAACGCUGUUAAGAUUAAUGAAAAGGAUGAAAACGACAAUUACGUGGAGCUCGGGAAUGAGUUCAUCCUGGAGCCUAAUGAGCACUUCAAUAACUUGCUGGUGAACACAACUUACAGUGACAUACAGCUUCCAACUAAUGUCUACAACAAAGACCCUGAUAUUUUGAAUGGAGUUUAUAUGUCUGAAGCAUUGAAUCCUAUCUUUGUUAACAAUUUUGAAAGAGACCCGACGCUCACUUGGCAAUACUUUGGCAGCUCUACAGGCUUCUUCAGACUUUAUCCAGGGAUAAAAUGGGUGCCGGAUGAAAAUGGAGUCCUCUCCUUUGACUGCAGAAAUCGAGGCUGGUACAUCCAGGCGGCCACGUCACCCAAAGAUAUCAUGAUUGUUGUAGACAUCAGCGGAAGCAUGAAGGGCCUGCGAAUGACCAUUGCAAAACACACCAUCGUCACCAUUUUGGAUACACUGGGAGAAAAUGACUUUGUCAAUGUCAUUGCCUACAAUGAUUAUGUUCAUUACAUUGAACCCUGUUUUAAGGGUAUCCUUGUUCAAGCAGACAGAGAUAACAGAGAGCACUUCAAGCAGCUGGUGGAUGAGUUGCAAGCAAAAGGAGUAGGGACAGUGAACAAGGCUCUGACAGAAUCCUUCAAAAUUCUGAGGGAGUUCAGAGAUGCUGGUCAAGGAGGCCUUUGUAACCAAGCCAUCAUGCUGAUUACUGAUGGAGCCAUGGAAGAUUAUGAAAUUGUGUUUGAAAAAUACAACUGGCCUGAUCGCAAGGUCCGUGUUUUUACGUAUCUUAUUGGGAGGGAAGUCAGUUUUGCAAAGAAUGUGAAAUGGAUAGCAUGUAACAACAAAGGCUAUUACACACAUAUAUCCACUUUGGCUGAUGUCCAGGAGAAUGUAAUGGAAUACUUGCACGUACUCAGUCGGCCAAUGGUUAUCAAUCAUGAUCACGAUAUCAUAUGGACUGAAGCCUACAUGGACAGUGCGCUCUUUGCAUCUCAGGCUCAAAGCCUUCUGCUAAUGACGACAGUGGCAAUGCCAGUUUUCAGUAAGAAGAACGAAACGAGAUCUCAUGGCAUUCUUCUAGGUGUGGUGGGCUCAGAUGUUCCUUUGAGGGAACUCCUUAAGUUGGCUCCACGGUACAAGCUGGGUGUCCAUGGAUACGCUUUUCUAAACACUAACAAUGGCUACAUUCUGUCUCACCCGGACCUUCGUCCAUUGUAUAAAGAUGGGAAGAAGCUGAAGCCCAAACCAAAUUACAACAGUGUUGAUCUUUCUGAGGUGGAAUGGGAAGAUUUGGAUGAAGUACUACGAACAGCAAUGAUCAAUGGGGAAACCGGUUACCUCUCAAUGGAUGUAAAGGUGCCUGUGGAUAAAGGGAAACGUGUUUUGUUCCUCACUAAUGAUUACUUCUUCACGGAUAUCAGUGACACACCGUUUAGUCUUGGAGUUGUUCUAUCACGAGGUCAUGGAGAAUACAUCCUCCUUGGGAACACGUCAGUGGAAGAAGGUUUGCAUGAUCUUCUACAGCCGGAUUUGACCUUAGCCAAUGAAUGGAUUUAUUGCAUUACAGAUAUUGAUCCAGAUCACAGGAAGCUCAGCCAGUUGGAGGCUGUGGUCCGCUUCCUCACAGGAGAAGAACCUGAUCUAGAAUGUGAUGAUGAGUUAGUCCGAGAGGUGCUCUUUGAUGCUGUAGUAACUGCGCCCAUGGAAGCCUACUGGACAGCGUUGAUUCUCAACUUGUCUGAAAACAGUGAGAGGGAAGAGGGAGUGGAGAUGGCCUUCAUGGGAACUCGGGCUGGCCUCAUGAGGAGUACCUUGUAUGUUGGAACUGAGAAGCUUUCUAACAGGAAAUUCUUGACCAGGGAAGAUAAGGAGAGUAUUUUCACCAUGGACCACUUCCCCCUGUGGUACCGUAGAGCUGCUGAACAUCCUUCAGGGAGCUUCAUUUACAGCAUUCCUUUUGAAGAAACUUCAGGUAACUUGCAUGUGGUAACCGUGAGCACAUCUGUGACUGUGACUGUGGGUGGGAAGACCGGACUCGCAGCAGCUGUGGGUGUGCAAAUUAAACUGGAAUUACUCCAACGCAAGUUGUGGACAGCUACACAGCAGUGCAGUGGUGUAGAAGGUCUGUGUCCCUUGAACUGUCAGGAUGACACUCUGAACUGCUACCUAAUUGACAACAAUGGCUUCAUUCUUGUUUCUAAGCUCACCAAACAGACUGGAAUUUUUUUGGGUGAAGUGGAUGGCUCUAUUAUGACCCAACUCCUUAACAUGGGAAUGUUCAAACAGGUGAAAAUGUAUGAUUACCAAGCCAUGUGUAAAACGCACCACCACCACCACAGCGGGGCUCGUCCUCUUCUCAGUCCAAUUUAUGCCUUCUUGGCAGCAGUAAAGUGGCUGAUAACAGACUUCCUCAUAUUCCUUUUAGAAUUUAACAUAUCUAGCUUCUGGCACUCAGACAACUUGGCAGAUGCGCACAAACAUAAGAAGCACGAUGCACUGCAGCCAUGUGACACAGAAUACCCAGUCUUUGUAUAUGAACCUGCCAUCAAAGAGACAAAUGGAAUCAUUGAAUGUGGAGACUGUCAGAAGAUGUUUGUGGUACAGCAAAUUACCAAAAGCAACCUCCUGCUUCUGGUUACGGAUGCUGCCUGUGACUGCAGUAUCUUCCCACCUGUCCUGCUGCAACAUAAAGAAGUCAAAUAUAACGCUUCAGUGAAAUGCGACAGAAUGCGCUCCCAGAAACUGAGACGGCGGCCAGACACCUGCCAUGCAUUUCAUCCUGAGGAAAACGCCCAGGACUGUGGAGGAGCUGCAGAGAUUUCCGCCUCGCUGCCCUUACUUCUCCUUCUCCUGGGAACGACAGCUUUUCUUCUUCACUGA